AUGUCGCAAUAUCAAAUACCCAAUACUCCUCGAGUGAUAUCGCCCUCUCCUACGCCCUCAGAGAGCAGUACGAAGGAUGGCUACUUCCCUCCGGCGACAAGAUCUACGACCAAGCGUUUGAGCUCGGUGGACCGUAUUGAAGAGCACGAAGCUGUGCACGAAGAAGAUCCCGAGCUGUCUCGCGCACGAAGUCGGAGUCGCAGCCCACAGAUUGAACGAAAGCCUACAAGGAUGACGAUGAACGGGGGCAUAUCGUCGGGCGCGGCGAUUACGAUGACGGUGAACAAGCCGACCAGAAGGAAACCAGAGGAGGUUAAUAAGACACCCAACGGCGCACCGAAAGAGAACGGAUUCCUGUCACCAGCCAGUGCCAACCCACAAGGAUUUGGAUCAGCCUACUGGAGAAGUCUUAGUCGAAGUCCCAGUCCGCUAGGCUUGAUCCCCAUCCAUCGCGAAUGGAGAGCAUUCGUCCAUAAGCACGAGGUUCCACGAAAGAUCCUCCAUGUCAGCAUUGGCUUUGUCGCUCUGUGGCUGUACUACGAAGGUGCACAAACAACACAGAUAUCACCUGUAUUGUUCGCGCUCCUCGUACCCAUCUUCAGCAUCGACCUCAUCCGAUUCAGGUGGCCGGAGUUCAAUCGACUGUACAUCAAAACUGUCGGCGCAUUCAUGCGUGAGAGCGAGGCACACGACCGAUUCAACGGUGUCAUCAGCUACCUGGCUGGACUGUGGGCAACUAUGUAUUUCUGCAGGAAGGACGUGGCAGUCAUGAGCGUUUUGCUGCUCUCGUGGUGCGACACAGCCGCCAGCACGUUUGGAAGAUUGUGGGGAAAGUACACACCCAGGAUCAGGAGAGGGAAGAGCUUGGCAGGAUCUUUGGCAGCAUGUGUGUUUGGAGUGGGGAGUGCGAUAUUGUUUUGGGGCCUCAUUGCUCCAAACACGCCGAAAGAGUUGAACCAGGGGAUCAACAGCUUUGCAUUUGAAGGAGUGCUUACACUGCCUUCGCAAGCACGGGAAUACUUUGGCUUGAGCAGCUCUCAGGCCAGCAUUUCAGGAUCAGCAGCGCUGGGUGUGAUGGCAGUGGUUUCCGGGCUCGUGGCCAGCGUCAGCGAGGCGAUUGAUAUUUUUGGGCUGGACGACAACUUGACGAUACCAAUAUUAUGCGGAGCAGGCCUAGGGGCCUUUUUGUGGGCGUUUGGAGGCAGCUAG